AUGACGACGUCGUUCGGAGCAGCUACAACCUCAGCCACGCUCAAGGACCCUAAACUUCAGAUCCCAAGCUUCCAUGGCUUGAGGUCUGCGUCCGCCUCUGCUCUCGCACGCAAUGCCCUCCCGCUUCCUUCAUCCACUCGCUCUCUCUCCAUCACGCGCGCUGUUUCCACGCCUGUGCAGUCUGAAACUACCACUGUAAAGCGCAGCAAAGUGGAAAUAUUCAAAGAACAAAGCAAUUUCAUAAGAUAUCCUCUUAACGAGGACAUGUUAACGGAUGCCCCUAAUAUAAGUGAAGCUGCCACUCAAUUGAUCAAGUUUCAUGGAAGUUAUCAACAGUACAAUAGAGAAGAGCGUGGUUCCCGAAGCUACUCUUUCAUGAUACGGACUAAGAACCCUUGUGGGAAGGUUUCAAACCAACUUUACUUGACCAUGGAUGAUCUUGCUGACCAGUUUGGGAUUGGGACGCUUCGGCUGACCACCAGACAAACUUUUCAGCUCCAUGGUGUUCUCAAGAAGGAUCUUAAGACUGUGAUGGGUACCAUUAUUAGAAAUAUGGGCUCAACACUUGGUGCGUGUGGUGACCUAAACAGGAAUGUGCUUGCUCCUGCUGCUCCGCUCGUGAGAAAGGAUUACCUUUUGGCUCAAGAAACUGCGGAAAACAUUGCUGCACUCCUGUCUCCUCAGUCUGGUUUCUACUAUGAUAUUUGGGUUGACGGGGAAAAGUUCUUGUCAUCAGAACCGCCUGAAGUAGUUCAGGCACGAAAUGACAAUUCCCAUGGUACUAAUUUCCCAGAUUCACCAGAGCCCAUCUAUGGUACUCAGUUCUUGCCAAGGAAAUUCAAAAUUGCUGUUACUGUACCAACUGAUAACUCGGUGGAUAUUCUCACCAAUGAUAUCGGUGUUGUUGUUGUUACCGAUGAAGUUGGGGAGCCUCAAGGGUUCAACAUAUAUGUUGGUGGAGGAAUGGGGAGAACUCAUAGGAUGGAAACCACUUUUCCUCGCUUGGCCGAACCAUUAGGUUAUGUACCAAAGGAGGAUAUUUUGUAUGCAGUGAAAGCAAUUGUUGUCACCCAACGCGAAAAUGGGAGAAGAGAUGACCGCAAGUACAGUAGAAUGAAAUAUUUGAUCAGCUCUUGGGGAAUUGAAAAGUUUAAAAGUGUAGCUGAGCAAUAUUAUGGAAAGAAAUUUGAACCUUUCCGUGUAUUGCCGGAAUGGGAAUUUAAAAGUUAUCUUGGCUGGCACGAACAGGGUGAUGGGAAAUUAUUUUAUGGGCUUCAUGUUGAUAAUGGCCGAAUUGGUGGAAAGAUGAAAAAGACAUUGAGGGAGGUUAUUGAGAAGUAUAAUUUGAAUGUAAGAAUCACUCCAAAUCAAAACAUCAUCUUGACUGAUGUCCGUGCUGCAUGGAAACGUCCCAUUACAACUACUCUUGCUCAGGCUGGUCUGCUGCAACCUAGGUAUGUAGAUCCCCUCAACAUAACAGCAAUGGCAUGCCCUGCUUUCCCAUUAUGUCCACUGGCAAUUACUGAAGCUGAACGUGGGAUACCUAACAUUCUUAAGCGGAUUCGGGCUGUUUUUGAUAAGGUUGGUCUGAGGUAUAGUCAGUCUGUGGUUGUAAGGAUAACUGGCUGCCCUAAUGGUUGCGCAAGACCAUACAUGGCUGAACUUGGAUUGGUUGGUGAUGGCCCAAAUAGUUACCAGAUUUGGCUUGGAGGGAACACUAAACAAACAUCAUUAGCUCGAAGUUUCAUGGACAAGGUGAAGCUUCACGACCUUGAAAAAGUUUUGGAACCUUUGUUUUAUUAUUGGAAGCAAAGGCGUCAAUCUAAAGAAUCAUUUGGUGACUUCACAAACAGAAUAGGAUUUGAUAAGCUUAAGGAACAUGUUGAGAAAUGGGAAGGUCCAGUAGUAGCACCAUCACGCCACAACCUCAAGCUUUUUGCUGACAAGGAGACAUACGAAGCAAUGGAUGAAUUAGCAAAGCUUCAAAACAAAAGUGCUCAUCAGUUGGCCAUGGAAAUUAUUCGUAAUUAUGUUGCUUCCAACCAAAAUGGAAAGAGUGAAUGA